AUGGAGAGGCCUGGUUAUGUCCAUAAAGAUGAGCAGCUCGGCUAUAAAGACGUCCAGGAGACGUUCUGGACAGACAGCAAAGUGGUAUUGGGCUACAUCAGCAACGAGGCUUGCAGGUUCCAUGUCUUCGUCGCAAACAGGGUACAAAAGAUUAGAGACGUCACAAAACCAGAGCAGUGGCAUCAUAUCGCAACCAAGGAAAAUCCGGCUGACCUGGCAUCCCGAGGUGUUACCGCAAUGGACCUUAUCAACACCAAGCAAUGGUGGAAGGGCCCAAUCUUCUUAUCAAAACCUGGCCCGAUACAGCCCAACACAAACAUCUUCCAAUCAAGCCAAGAAGAUCCUGAGAUGAAAAAGGUCAAGGUCCUAGCCACACAAGCAAAGCAGGAUGAAUCAGCUGACUUCCUGUCCCGUCUUGAUCGCUUCUCCAGUUGGCACCGGAUGAAACGAGCAGUAGCCGUGUGUCUCAGGAUGACAAAGGGAUUGAGAGAUGGUAGGAUCAAGAAACAUCGUAACGCCGGAGACUUGGAGGAAAACCUAAAGCAGUACAAGCCGGUGGAUGUAGCAGAAAUAGAAAACACAGAGCUGGUAAUCAUGAAAAUGGUACAAGCCCAAGCCAUCUCCAAAGAAAUCACCCAGCUUUGCUGA